CCGCACAUAGAAUAUUUUUCACCUUCGAAUAAGCGAAGAAAGUAAGACAGUUCUAUGUAAUAACGACAGUUGUGGCUGUGAUUUCUUAACAUCAGGUGCUCUCAUUGUCGGAUUUUGUGAUGGUAGAGCCAGAACUCAUGGAAGGACGAGACAAUCGUCCGCGCUCAAACACAUGGCCGCUUCCAGAGCCUUCUGAAUUUAUUCCACCAAAACCUGAGCCCCAAGAUACCGAACAGGCUCUCAAGCAACUUUCGGAAGGACCGAAGAAAAGCUCUAGAAAAAAUGCAUGGGGAAACUUCUCGUACGCAGAUCUUAUAACUCAAGCAAUCCAGAGUUCUCCAGAAAAACGCCUGACUCUUUCGCAAAUCUACGACUGGAUGGUGAACAGCGUUCCGUAUUUUCGCGACAAGGGGGAUAGUAACAGCAGCGCCGGUUGGAAGAACUCGAUUCGUCAUAAUUUGAGUCUACAUAGCAAGUUCGUUCGAGUCCAGAACGAGGGAAACGGUAAAAGUUCGUGGUGGGUUAUAAACCCUGAUGCUAAAGGGAACAAAACAAGCCGUGGACGCUCUAAAUCCCUCAACGAGACAGGACAAAAGGGUACUGAACAAAAAAAGAGGGGAAGAAAGAARGAUAAAUUGAGAGAAGAUAGCGAAAGACCUGGAAGUCCGAGGCUAUCAGUUCGGAAUCGCGAACUAAAUCGCUCUAGUUCGCCUGGAAAUGUGUCACCAACGAGCUCCAGCUCUGACUCGUUGCUCACUGUUCCUGAGCUAGUCGAAUAUGAGCACGAUUCACCGCUUCCUUUCCCCUUGAACGACAGUUUUGGUCGUCCACGUACAUCGUCCAACGCUUCUACUGUUAGCAGCAUCGGUAGACUAUCGCCCAUUCCAUCGCAAGAUGAUGAUGAAAUUAAUAACAUUACCCCUAUGCAUACUAACAUUGUUAGUACACCAAAUCCUGGCGCUGACGAAAUAACUACGAUGAUGGCUGAUUCUAUGAAUUUAAAACUCCAAAGUCGGCGGGUAAGGAGCAGUUUGUCGCCAGUGUCGAACCAUCUGAGCCCAACGAGCGAGCGCUCCCAAGAACAAGUUUGCUCGACUUCGACUUUGAGCCCUGUGAAUGGAUACGACACUGGUUAYGAUUCGAGUGGCUAUCUCCAACCUGUCCAACAUCGCACACCAAAUAUGAACCAUCAGAUGCAGACAAAUUUUAACGGUCUGGCUUUGAGUCGAAGGCAGCAACAAUAUCAGUCUUCUUACGGUCAAGAUAUAUCAAACCACGACAAUUCCAUGAUAUCGUAUGCACGUGAUAAUGAGAUGGAAGUUCAUCAUCACACACAACAUACGCCGCAGAACCCAAUGUCAGUKUACCAACAAACGUUUAAUAACUGUACAACGAGUUGUGCUAUGAACCAGGGUGAUGUCACCCCAAUGGAUAGCUAUGAUCAGUACCUAAUGUCAUUUGUCAGUACUGCAGUGCCUGCCAACACUAACUUUUCAACAGUGAACAUAAAUGCUAGCUUGCAUCACCAUCAACAGCAGCAGCAACAACAGCAGCAACAGCGCAGUUGCAAUCAGCUGUUGAGGCUACAUGAAAAGUUUCCUAGUGAUCUCGAACUUGACUCGUUUCAUGGCGAGGAGCUAGAAUGYGACAUGGAUACAAUCAUCACAAAUGAGCUAAACAUUGGAGAUGGCGGAUUUGACUUUGAUUUUGAACAACUUGUAUCACCUAUGAUCACAAAUACGCCAGUGACAGUUGGUGAAUUGUCAGGAAGAUUGUUCUGAAAUAGUUCGAUUCUGCUAACARCCCCCUUAACUGAAUCAAGUAAAAAUCCAAAUCAAGGGUUGAAAUGAGGCCAAUUUGCCAAGCAUACAGUUCAGCUUGGAUCCCAUUCAGAACAUCAACAUGAAAUCCAGGGAUUACUCUACACCAAAAAUUUACAUCAUGAGAGAGUUUUAGAUGCAGACUUCAAGCUCUCUUUGUAGCAGUGCAAGAGCACAAUAUGGUUUGUGAAUAUUCUUGAAAUAUUGGUAAUGCCAUCUAGUCCAUGAAUGCUACAGAUAUGAAGUUGAACAGAUCACAAAAUGAAAGCUUCAAAAAGAUUUGGAGAUCCAAAGUGACAUUAUACCACCAUACUUGUGUGCAAUGUGGUAGGAUUUUAAAUACUGUAUAUUAUGUUAUAAAUUAUAUAUCAAGCCUAAAAAUUGAGGUAAUGUAUCUUCAGCUAAUCUUCAGUUUCAGUAGAUUCAAAUUGUUAUAUCCUUUUGGCUUUUACAAUGUUGAAUCUGCACUGUUUCAAUAGGAAUGUAAGACUCAUGCUAGAUUAAUAUAACAGAGAUUUCCAGUAUUUUCUACUAGGCGAUAAAUUAAUAGAUAUGAUACCUAGAUACAGAUUUUCUAGUUAACUAAAUGCUAAGAAUUUAACUGAAUGUAAGGACUACUGAUUUGUUUCAAGCUGUGACAAUUARGUGUCAGAAAAUGUAUAAUAUCCAUGUAUAAAGGCGAUGAUUUUGCUCCCACAUUGGUUAAGCCUAUAGUAUUUGUAAUUUCCUUCUUUGACAUUGAAAAAUUAUUAGCUAAUUUUUGCAUCCCAGUAUUUAUAAAGUGAAUUAAAUUAUUUCUGUUGAACAAAUCAUUUGUACAUGUCAAAUUCACCACACAUGAAUUUUUUAUCCCUACAAUGGUUGCUAGUGGUUAUUGCUAUAUUGCAAAGUUCUGGGAAGUAUUUUUGRACAAAUUGCAUGGAAGUUUGCUUCUUUCUUGUACAAUGUUGUGCUCCACCAUGUGCUGAUAUGGAUGAGUGCAUGUCUUAUGCAAAUCAUCCACCAGUAUCCUGUGUUACUUUCUUUGUAUUAAGUAAGUACCAGUCAAUUUCGACAGCUUUGGUUCACUCAAUUCAAAUUCAAUCCGUCUCUUUUGUUUCUUUGCCAAACUUGCAUGUAAUCUAUUGAAUUGCAAAGCCAUGAAAAACCAAAAUGUGUUUCAUGUCAACCGUGGUGUAWAGCUAAUCAAAAGUCCACAUUUGAACAAGAAUGAGACAUGCUUGACUGGCUUAAUAUCAAAUGUGUGGUCUUGCUUGGGUAGUUGAAUCCAUGAAGCACCUUGAGGGGUCUUUGGAUUUCUUUGUGCGUGUUAAUAAGGCAAUAUAACCAGGGGUUUUCAUUGUGGAACAGAGUGAGAGGGUCAGUGCAGGUCUUUAUGAUAUGUGAUCAGUGCAGUCUGCAUGUCUAUGUUUUUGUUGUUCAUCAAUGAACUGGAGUUAAUUUGGAUAGGUUUUGUCAUAACUACUUAACAUGAUAUAAAGUCGUUUACACAGAUACUCUAGAGACUGUUGACAAAGUGUGCAUCUCGAAUCUUGUUUGAUUUUAUUCAUUAAAUCAAUAACUUUA